UCUGUAUUGGGUGAUCUAACGCGAAUGCAGGAGUUAGCGCGUAAUCCAAUGGCAUUCAUUCGUCAAUCUCCGACGAGCGGGUCGUUGGGCGGAGUCACCAGGGGCAUUCACGAGGCGAUAGUGCUGUGCGAGGGGGCGGGGCGUUGGACAGUCCGAAGUGAGCGUAAGUGA